GCCAAAGUCCACGCCAAAGCUCCAGUGGGAUCCGCAAAUCAAAGGCAGAAGAGGACAAUAAGGGGAAAACCCAGCCUAAAAGGAAGGGGUCUGUGUUGGGUCCUGCUGAUGCCCGGGCUAUGAGGUCUCCUGCAGCAGCCUUUGUGAGUGAGCUCCCUGGCUGGUUCCUGUUUUUUAGAAUCUUUCUGCCAGUGGCAGUGCUUCUGCUCCUUCUCAUUGCUUACUUCAGGAUCAAACUCAUCGAGUUUAAUGCAGAAAUGGCCCAGGCUUCUGAUCCCCAAGGCAUUAAGCAAGAUGACUACCUCCAGUACCAGAGACCGGGGCACCAUCGCAUUCAGAGAUCAGCCACGAAAGCGAAAAGAGUUUAAAGGGAUGCCCGUUGGCGGAUAAACAGAAACAAAUGGCUCCCGUCUAGGUACAGAAAACUAAAUCUCCAGGGAAACAAAAUGGUAAGAGGUUUGUCCUAUAUGCCAUCCCACACAUCCGCAGCAACCGCCAUCCAAAGAGUCUCAUCACUUUAUUUUAUUUCCGUGACAUCCAGAAGAACCGCUUUUCUGAUUCACCAUCGUCAGGGGGUUGCUAAAAUCUAAUAUGAAUUUUUAACAAGAAUUCUCUCUCUUCAAUGCUUGGCUUUGUGGAAGAAGACAUCUGAUGGUCUAUUUGAGUUCAGUGGUUUUAUGACUCCCAGGCACAAGGGCAAUUAUACUCAAUACUUACGGAAUAUCAUUCAUGAUGGAGAAUCUCACUGAUAUGUUUUAAAAAAAUACAUAUAGUCUCAAAUUAACAUUUUCAUCACCUAAAAGAAGCAUAAGCUCUAUUGCACUUUGAUUUUACAUGUGAAGAAAGUAUCCCAGUGAGAUCAAAUAUCUUGCAAAAGCUGAGAAAGGUAGAGCUCUGUGAACACUAUCCCAGCCGGAUUUGAUGCCUUCUCUCCUCCAAGAAACUUCUGCUACAAUAGUAUUAUUACCACGUUGCUGCAUGAAUUCCUUCCUUUCAUGUGUGCUUUCAUGAAUUAUAACCACACAGAGAAAAAAUAAAGCAAUACCUCAAAAUAAAUGAAGUUUCUCAACAGUGAA